CCCUCGGAUCUGCAGAAAAGGAGGGGAGCCCAUCUGCAGCAGGACUGUCGCUGGAGCUCUGUCCUCAGCCAGACGCAGCCCCGGUUCUGCGCUGGUCCCAGCUCCGGCGUGCGCCCUUGGGAGGCUUGGCAGCGAGCUCAGAAGCUCCGUGGCAGGUGCAGGUGACAUGGCCGAGCAGCUGUCCAAAGAGCAGGUGGCCAUGUUCAAGGAGGCCUUCGACAGAAUCGACAAGAACAAGGACGGCACCAUCAACGUGCAGGAGCUGGGCGCCGUGAUGCGGUCCCUGGGCCGUAACCUGUCAGAGGACGAGCUCAAGGCGCUCAUCGCCCAAGUGGACAAGGACGGGGACGGCACCAUCAGCUUCGAGGAGUUCCUGGCCACCAUGGUCACGACGAUGCAGGCCCACGGCAGCGAGGGCGGCCUGCGGGAGACCUUCCGCGCCUUUGACCUGGACGGCGACGGCCACAUCAGCGUGGACGAGCUCAGACAGACCAUGGCCAAGCUGGGGGAGACGCUGUCCCCGGAGGAGCUGGACAUGAUGAUCCGUGAGGCCGACGUGGACCAGGACGGGCGGGUCAACUACGAGGAGUUCCUGCGUGUCCUCGCCCAGAAGUGAGGCCCCCUCUGCCCCUCGUCGGCCCCGCGUCCUCGAGGGGACGCAGAGGGACAGUCUGGGCGGUGGGGAGGCCUGGCCUCUCCUGGGCCAGGUUCUGCUCUCUGCCCAGCGAGACCGCGUGUGCUCCUGGGCUGGGGUGCUCCCUACCUCACAGGGCUGUUGUGAGGCACCCCGAAGCCGCGGGGUGGGGGGGGGGUGUCCAGAAUAAAAGGGAUGUGAGCUCUGA